AUGGGUCGCCGCAAGGGUUUCGAUAAGAAGUCUUCAGUGAAGUUCAAAUUAGUGCACAGAAGCCAAAGGGAUCCAUUGGCGGCCGACGAGUCCGCCCCUCAGAUGGUGUUCGUCGACAUCAACGAAGACAAUGAGCGCAAAGAGGAGCAGAAGAAGUAUGGCAUCUAUUUCGACGACAAUUACGAUUAUCUGCAGCACAUACGGGACGUGGAUCCGCUCACCGAAUGGCAACCCGUCGAAGAGCGCGAGAAAAGCAAGAAGAGUGACCUCCAGUUGCCGUCGUCUCUGUUCCCGUCGGCCGUCGAGGAAAAAGAGGGAUUACUGAACAAAGCGGUGCUUCCGGUGGGCCCUCAACCCGAUUGGGACCCCGAAGUGGUGGCCGCGAUGGACGAGGACUUCGACUUCGAUGACCCCAACAAUCAGAUCGACGACGACUUCGUACUGCAGGCGGAGGAAGAGGUGGGCGAAGAGUCGCACCAUAAGAGCGGCGCCAACGAUGACGACGACGACGACUGGGAGGACGUGUCCGACAGCGAAGAGUCGACUCUUUGUGGUUCGGAUGAGUCGGGCGACGAUUCGGGCGGUCAGUUCUCCGACGAAGAAACGAAAUCUCAUUUCACGAACUAUUCGAUGAGUUCUUCAGUGAUGCGGAGGAAUCAGAACUUAACUCUUUUGGACCAAAGGUUUGAGACGUUGUUUGAGACGGAAUACGCCGACGAAUGCGAGAUCGGAGCUCUUGAUUUCGACGACAUCGAGGGUACCAUUGAUCCAAACAAUAGCGAACUGAUGGCCGAUUUGGUCGAUGAGUUCCAGCGAAUGAAGAACGAGAAGCAGGUCUACGAGAAAAUGGAUUCAAAAGAGUUUCACGACUUCUACCGAAAGCGUCGAAACGACGCGAAAGAGAGCGAAGAGUUGACUGAAAUCGAGAUCUUCGAGAACCGCAAGAAUCGAGACAACGAUGGCUUCGACUGCGAGUCAAUUAUCAGCACUUAUUCUAAUCUCUAUAAUCGGCCGAAGAUUAUCACCGAAAGGAGUAUCAAAUAUCCACAAAGAGUUCGCAUCAACGAGAAGACGGGUCUUCCUGUCGGUGUCCUCGAGAAGCCCGGACUCACGGCCAAGAAGUUGGCAAAACUGGACGCAAUGAACGCCGCGGACACGGAUUCGGUGAACAAGAGCUCGAAGUCUGUUCGCUCGAGUGCUUCGCGUUUGAGUGAACUCUCUGUGCGGCCAUCGGAUGAGACGCCGGAGCAGAGGAGACAACGCAAGAGUGAACUCAAAGAGUAUAGACGAGAGCGGAGGCUCGAGAAGAAGGCCAACAAAGAAGCCUUUAAGACCGAAGACAUCCGACUCAACAAAGAAGUUAUGAAUUUAAAGAAGAGUCUGAAUGCCGUGAAACUCGUGUGA